AUGAGUUUCCAAUUGGACCAACCAACACUUCCCUUGUCUUGCUGCCACAUGAAGACAUCCCAAGCCUACGCUCAGCGCACAGUCAAGACUCAACGCCGCCACCAAGAACGCCAUGUUCUCACUACUGGCAUGGCCGCGAACCAAGCUCUAGACCGUGUGAGCAAGCUGGAGAAGAUCGUGGAGUGCCAAUCUCGCUUCAUCUCACGCCUAGUUCGUGUAGUUCGCCACAUUGCACCGGAGAGACUCUUUCGCCCUUCUUCCACCGCUAGAGAGCCAUAUGAGCCUGACCUUGGUGAGUUCUCACUAGACUCAGAGCUUGGUUCAGAAGGCGAUGACCCCAUAGAUGAGGAAGAGAGUUCUUCUCACUGCCACACAUAG